AACUCUAAGAUCUGCAAUAGAUUUAUUUCAACAAAUAGAGGUGAAAAAUACUUCAGCGGUUAAUUUUUUUUAUUAUUUAACUCUAUUAUCGUCAAUUAUUUAUAUUUUUUUCAGGCUUGGGUGUAUUUUAUUUAUAGAUAGUAAUGGUGUACCGCUUCCUAGGAAAGCGAUACACAUUAUUUAUGACUUAACGUGAUGAAAAUGACAGCUCAAUACAGACCGUAUCGUAACGAAGACGGUAUGGAAGCUGAACAAGUAACAUGGGGUGACCAGGAGGUAGGUGAAGUUGAAAUUUAUCAAAGAACUACUGAAGUUAUUCGCGUAUCCAAUAGAAAUCUCGUUGUUGGAGGAAUCGGCAUUGGGUUAAUUGGGGCUUUACUUGGUUUAAUAGUCGGUUAUUUUGCGCAUUCUGAACAUAGUCAGUGUGUUCCUAGCUUGUCCGUCGCUCUUCAUUCUGUUCAAGAAGCCAACCCUUAUGUGCGCCGUAAAAUCUCUCAGAUGGUGAGUAAUGAAGAAAUAGAAAAAUAUAUAAAAGCUUAUAGUUUAGAACCCCAUGUAGCUGGUAGUUCUAUUGAUCGCCUCUUCGCUAAGAAUAUAAAAAGUGAAUGGCUAAAACAUGGCAUGGAUACUGUUGAAAUUGCAGAGUAUAAUGUUCUUUUAAGUUAUCCUAAUAAGGAAAGAGCAAAUGUUGUGAAAAUUAUAAAUCAGAAUAGUGAUAUAUUAUCAAUUGAAUCACAAGGUGGAAAAAUUCUUAACGCAGCUUUUAGUGCUUAUUCUCCAUCUGGUAAUGUGACUGGAAAUCUUUUAUAUGUUAAUUAUGGUCAAACUUCUGAUUUUCAGUAUUUGAAAAGCUUAGGCAUCCCAUUAGAAGGAAAAAUUUUCAUUGCUAGGCAUUGGAAAUUACCUGCUGAUGAAAUAGUAUGGAAUGCUCAGGAAGUGAAAGCAGCUGGUUUGAUUUUGUAUCCAGAUCCUGAAAAUUAUAACCCUCCAGUUCUGAAAUCCGAUCCUUAUCCCAAAACGUGGUGGCUCCCUCCAAACAUUGCAAGAACGGACUCGAUUCUUUGGAACGGAGCUGGAGAUCCUUUAACACCGGGUUAUCCAGCCAGGCAUGAUGCUAAUCGACUUUCUGUUUCUUCUGCAACCUUACCUAUUGUUAUUGUGCAGCCUAUUAGCUAUGGCAAUGCCUUUAAAUUAUUAAGUUCUCUUGAAGGUCCUGAAGCACCCAAAGAGUGGCAAGGUGGCUUUAAUUUUACUUAUAAAAUUGGGCCAUCAUUUAAAGAUCCAUCAUGGAAGGUUCAAAUGCAAGUAUACAAUCAACUUGUGAAUAAGACUAUUUAUAAUGUAAUUGGCACCAUCCGAGGAAAAACUGAACCUGAUCGUUAUGUGAUAAUUGGUGGACAUAGAGAUGCUUGGGCAUAUGGUGCAGUAGAUGGUGCUGGUGGUACUGCAGCGAUAUUGGAACUUUCUCGUGUUUAUGGACGGUUACUAAAAGAAGGUUGGCGUCCUAGAAGGACAAUAAUGUUCUGCAGUUGGGGAGCUGAAGAACAUAAUUUAAUUGGUUCAACAGAAUGGUUGGAAGAUAAUUUGAAACUUCUUCAUGGAAGAGCUGUUGCUUAUGUUAAUGCUGAUAUUUUAGUUGCUGGAAAUGCUUCAAUUCGAGUAGUUGCUUCACCAUUGUUAUAUAAUACAAUUUUUAAUGCUACGAAAGAAGUAAUAAAUCCAAAUGAACAUGAUAAAGCUGAAGGGCUGAGAACUGUUUAUGAUGCUUGGUUGAUGAGUUUCCCGAACAAAAGAAAUCGAACAAAUUUGCUAUUUCCAAAUUAUUCUCAUCCAGCAGUUAUAGACGAUUUUGAUGAUUUGCCAGUUAAAACUUUUCACAAUCAAUCUAGCUUAUUGGAUAGUUAUAUACGAAAUGCUAUGCAGCUAGUGCGUCCCAAGAUUAGAGAAAUGGAUAUGAGAGGAAAUUAUGCUCCCUUUUUUGUGCAUGCUGGCAUACCAGCUAUUGAUGUGUCAUAUGUUCAUGAUUCUACUAUGUCCAGUUCCUCCUAUCCAUUGCACCAUACCGAAUUUGACAACUUUGAUUUUGUCAAGAAUUUUAUUGAUCCAUCUUUCAAAUAUCAUGCAACUGUUACAAAGAUUUUAGGUGAAUUGCUGCGAGAUCUUAGUGACUCUCUGUUCUUGCCAUUCAAUUUGUUCGAUUAUGCACAAACUUUGCAAGAUUUCUAUGUGAAUCUUCAAACUAAAAUGAAAGCCCACAUAGAAGAACAUGGUAUUGAUAUAAACCAUCUGGAACUGGCCAUUAAGAAUUUUUCUAAUGCUGCAAUGAAAUUUCAUUCAGCUCAGGAGACUGUUGAUUUAUCUGAUCCUAUGACAGUUCGUAGAAUUAAUGAUCAACUCCUCCUUCUUGAAAGAGCCUUUUUGGAUCCCAAUGGCUUACCUCGUAAUCCGUAUAAGAAACAUAUUGUUAUGUCGCCAAGUGAAAGCUAUUUGUCUAGUAGCAGCAUAUUUCCUGGUCUGCUUGACGAGUUCUUGAAUCUUGAACUAUUUCCUCAAGAUACUGAAUCAUCUGAGUUGAUAAAAGCUCAUUUUUCUGUUUUGGUUUUUACAAUCCAGUCAGCUGCUAAAAUCAUCCAGAAUGUGUGAUAAAUAAUGUGCCAUUGCAAAUUUCAUUCCCCUUUUUACAUUUAAAAAAAUGUAAAAUCCGCAAAAUCUAUGCUAAAAGUUUUAUUUAAAGAAUUGUAAUGAAAAUACUCAUAAUAUUGCAGCUAGUAACAAUCUUGUUAUUGUAAGCAAAAAAACUUGUUUUUGUACCAUCUUUUGCUUAAAAGUGCUUUUGAAUUUAUUUGAAUGGGCAUUUUUUAUUUUUUUGCUAGAUAAAAUAUUCAUUUUUAAUGUGUAUUUUAAAUGUUUUUAAUUUUAUAAGUUAUUAUGAUAAGAUUAAUUGGAAAUUUUGGAAUUACUUUCGAUACUGUUCUUCCUAUUUUACUCAUUGCUGUUAGAUUAUGUCAUAUAUCAAUUUGUUAUACAUUUUGUUCAUUAUUAUUUAAUGUCAUUACUCUCCAGCUGAUUAGCAAGGCUAUAUUGCUGUGAUUGAUAAGGUCAUAUGCUCAGUCAUCAUUCCAUUUUUUUAAAAAAUUAUUGUAUUAUUUUGACUUGCUGAGAUAGUGUUGUAAUUUGUAUCGUUUUGUGUAAAGUGGAAACCGAAAGACCCUUGAAUGUUCAUAAUGUUACUAAGAAAAAUGAGGCUAAUUUAUAACUAUAUAAUUUACUUAUAAUAGAACAAACUAAAUUUCAUUCUGACCUAUGAAUUGUAGCUAAUAUAUUAAUUGCUAUCCACAAUAAAUUUAAAACUACAUAUAUAAUUACUGUUUAUAAAAAAAUAAAAAUAUUUAUAUUUAAAAAAUAAUUUGUGAUAAGUUAAUUUAUGAAAAAUAUUCAUCAAUAUGAAAACUUUUGAAACAGAUACUCUUUACUCACCUGUCAAAGAUAAAUUCUACUUAUUCUGUCCAUUUAAAUAACAGAUUGUUCUGUGUUUCAAAUUUUCCUUCUUAAAAGCUUUUAAGGGAAAACAUUACAUUUCCAACAUUUUAAAAAAAUUUUAAUUAAUAUAGAAAAUAUUUUGAUGAUAUUUCAAUUUAACUGCCAAAUAAAUCAUCUUAAAAAAUCAUUUUAGUUUUAAAAUGAAUUCUUUUUUAAAAAAAAUUAUAUAUAUAUAUUUUAAAUUCCCUUCUAUUUUUUCAAAUAUGAAUAUUUUUUCUUCAUAUUGUAUUUAGAUUCACUACAAAAUGACAGCUGUGUAUGAUAUUAGAUGUACUUAAAAUUAUGUAUAGUGAAAAAUAAGAUUAUAUAUAUAUAUAUACAAAUACAUUGAAUACAUAUAACCUCUAAAUACUUACUGCUUGCAUAGUUUUAUAUCAUGAUAAUAAACAAGAACAAAUAAAUUGAAAGCUCUGUGUUGAUCUGGAAAAAGACCUUAGUCAUUUUAACACGAUGGUGAAGGAAUACCCAACAUCUAGCAAAGCCCCUUUGAAUUUCAUUUGCAUAUAUUUUUCAUUUUUUAUCGUAAAUAAAACUCUAAAUUUUGAAAUAUUUAAGAUUUAACUUUGGAAUUUUCACACAAUGAGUAGAAGGAUAAGAGAGUGAAAUCAAUAUUUUGAUUGUUUUUUUUUGGGUAAUAUGUUCCCUUAAAUAUGCCAACUGUAAAGUCUCCUAUUUUCACUAUAAAAAGAAUGUUAUGUUUGCCAGUAUAUUAUUUUUAUUUAUAUAGAAGGGCUUAUUUUCAUAUAUAUAUAUUUGCAUUAAUAAUUAUCGUUUCAAGAAAUACAUAUACUAUUAUAGGUAAUCUUUUAUUUUGUGCAAAAAAAAAAAAAAAGGGCUUAUAAAUAGAAGAAUUAUGUAAAUGAAGUGUAUCUGACCUAAAUCGUAAUUCUUUGUUACCUUAUAGGUUCUUUCAGGUUUUCCAUUUUUAUUGUUGUUUGUAUUUGUUCUAUAUUAUUUUAUGUUUUUUCUUGCCUAAAAUUUCAAAAAUAUAUUUUCUGCCAAGUAUAUUUGGCUAUUGUUAUUUACCAUCAACUUAACAAAGCAUUUAAUUGUACUGUUCAGGGAUUCCUUGUCAAAUACUUCAAAAAUGCAUGAUGUUAAAAUUUAAUUGAAAUUCUUAUAUUUUAUUCAAUGCUGUUAUAUAUUGUAAUUAGAUCUGAUUUUAUGAUUAUAAAGUGCAAUGUAUAGAAUUCUUUACUCAUUGUUUUUUAUUAUAAUAUCCAUAAGGAUUUUAAAUAACCGGUGAAUAGUAAAUUUUCAAUGUUAUUCCAUAUUUUAAAAUGAAUGUUUUUUUUUUGUUUUUUUUUUAACCUAUGCAUUAUCUGAUUUAUUAAGUUUAAAUGAAAAGGUAUUGGUAUCUUUACAAUGUUUAAAUGAUCAAAUUAUGAAUUUUGCUGUCAUUUGAAAAAUAUAUGUGGUGAAUGUACUAUAAAAGGAUUCUUCAUGAAUUGUGACUCUUAGAAUCUCAAAGGGGGUGGGGAAUUUUGAAAGAAUUAUCUUGUGUUCACAAAAAAAAAAUGCAUCUAAUAAUAAUAAAUUUCAGAAUAUUCUAUAAUUUUUACUUUUAGAAUAUGUCUAAUAUUUCAUUUAUUUCUCUAUAGAAACAUUCUCUCUAUUUUUUUUUUUUUUAUGUAAUUUCAUUUUAUUAUGGAGUUAGUUGCAGAAUUCUUAUAAGUUAUAUGAUUCUCUUUGUAAAAAAGACUUAGUUUUUGUUAGUAAGUUAGUCUUGUUGUGGUUUUUUCUGCAUUAAUAUACAUUUUUUUUACUUAGUAUUUUCAUCUUUUUUAUUAAAAACAUUUUUUAUACAGCUUUAUAUGUGUUUAUGACUAUUUUUUUUGUAUUGAUGAUAUUUGUUUUCUGAUCUCUUUGCUUUUAUAUAGAAACUAAUUUUAGUUUCACACUGUAUUUUUUUAUAUUCUUUUUUUACAUUCUCUGUAGAAGAAACCUAUUAAAUUUGCUAACAUUUAGUAUAACGUUUUCUUAACUUGCCUUUCGGCACAUUUUAAAUAACUUUUAAAAUACUCCCGGGUAUAUCUGUACCUUACAUGUCUGAUGCUGGUUAGAAAGUCAUCUACUUGGUGCUUAAAUUUAAUUUUAGAUAUUGCCUUGAAAUUAAAUCAAAUUUUAUAAUACAUCAAAUAAUAAUAUUAAAGACAUUUAAAUUUUUAAAUAUAUUUUACCAUGUUUCAUGUGAAUAACUGUUCAAGAUAUCGUUUUUAAUAUUUUAUAAAUAUGUUUAAAUAGACUUGAUUUUUUUGUAUUUAUGUAUCAAAGUUUUUAUUUUAAUUAAUGUGCAAUCUGCUGUUCUUUAUAUUGAAUGAUUUUAGCUUAAUCAAAAUAUGUUUACCAAUCUGUAUAAAGUA